AUGAAGGUGUCCAGCGCAUUCGAGGUGCUGGCUCUGGACGGGAUCAGCACGGGGAUCCUGCGGUUUCACACGGCCCAGGAGAGCGCCGACUGGCUGAGAGCAGUGUCCGCGAACAUCAGUGACCUGACAAGACAGAGGGUGAGGACGGAGAAUAAGUGCUCUUCCCCUUGUGACCAGGUUGUGCAUAUGGGAUGGGUCAGCGAGAGACUCGAAGGCACUGGCUCCUGUCAUACCUUCCGAUCCAAGUUCCUGGCCCUGAAAGGCUCGUCCCUCCACGUGUUCAGCACCCCUCCGAGGGAGACUCAGGGCAGGCUCAGGCCCUGAUGCGCAGGAGAAAGAGCCUCGCCUCCACCCGGUUUAGCACGGUCAGCUCAGUGCCUGAGACCAGAGGCGCCCCUCGCA